CUGUUUUCGUCGAUAUUGACUUCCUCAAAGUGAACAAAGAAUUACAGUUUGUCUAUAGCGACUGUAAUAAGAAAUUAGUUCACUGGAAAUUUUACUCAUUUUCAAAUUCUUGGUUAGUCCGCUCAAACUAGUUCCACAUACGAUGAAAUGCAGGAGCUAUACUUAAUUGGAGUUAUACCGUCUAGACGAUCAGACAUUGUCGCCAAUUCACUCUUAAGAAUCUUCAAUGAACCGAAAAUAAUUUUUGAGUAUAUGAUGGUUUUUCGACCGAAAGAUGUUCCAAUCAAUUUACCUCGACAGGCAGAUUAUUGGCUUCGAUUAUGCGGUCAAUUAGACACAAUAGGAAAUAGUGAGUCUGACUGGAUACAAAAGGCACAAUGGGCUAUUCAUUUAGAAGGUACAUCAGAACCUAAGAGAGAAGGAAGGUGCGGAAUUCGCCCAAUUAGUCGGGCAAAAAUUACGAACGGCUCCCCUAUGGAAUUUGUAGAAAACCUUGGAUACGAAUUUUCUCAUGAAUACAUAGUACAAGGUUUAGAAUAUGCUUCCAGCAACUGUACUAUCAGGUUAUUCCAAACAUUAAUUCCUUCACAACUACAUUCGAUUGACCCUCCAUUCCACCCAUUAGCAGAAGAUCAAGCAUGGGUUUUGCAUGCUUACACCCAUGUAACGGACGCAAACAACCAAAAGGCAAUGGUACAAGCUGAAGCGAACUUGGAACAUGUAAAAAGUUUGCUAAUUAGUGUUUGUGAACUAAAAAAUGUCCGAAUGUAAAGUAUUAAAGGAUGCUCUGUUUGACUUGUAGUCAUGCUUUAGCCUUGGAUCUAAACUAACAUAAAGGAAUUGAAUGGCUCAAACAAAAAACCAGGAAUGAAAAAGAAUGAAAUGAAAGUUGUACUCUAUAGAACGCAUGUUUCAAUAAUCACCUAAAUCCUAGUCGAUCCAGAUUUGGUUUCUAUCUAAGUCUUUUAGAAAAAUCAUCAUAUUUGGCAGCGUUAAUAAAGACAUAUCAUGACACAUCC